ACACCACCAGACUGGCCGCGGGCACGGGGCCACUCCCGCCGCAAGGGCAUCGCCGGCUGGCAGCCGCUACCGGUGCUCGGUCUGCUCCCUCCCCACCCCCUGGCUUGGUGCUGGAGACGAGCAGAGGGCGGCGGGAAGGCGAAAGCGAAAGGAAAAUGGAGGCGGUGUAAUCCCCCCGCCCUUGCCCGGGCUGAGUCACGGAGCCCAUGUGACGGGGCGGGCGCCAGUCCGCUGCCUCGUCCCCUCCCGGGGCAGCUUCAGGCGUCCGGAGCAGCGGCCAGGGCCUGGCGAGAGAUGAGGGCUGAUUGCUCCCGGGAGCUGCUGCUGCUGCUGCUCGUGGCUGGGGUGCCUGCCUCCUUGGCAGGAUCCCAGCCCCAGCAGCCGCGCAAGUGGCCUGUGCCUUACAGGCGUUUUGAUUACCGUCCAAAAACAGAUCCCUAUUGUCAAGCUCGUUACACUUUCUGUCCUACUGGCUGUCCCAUUCCAGUAAUGAAGGAUGAGGAUGUCAUUGAAGUCUAUCGAUUACAGGCUCCAGUAUGGGAAUUCAAAUAUGGGGAUCUGCUUGGACAUUUGAAUAUUAUGCAUGAUGCUGUUGGCUUCAAGAGCUCUCUAACUGGCAAAAACUACACAAUGGAAUGGUAUGAACUCUUCCAGCUUGGAAACUGCACAUUUCCGCAUCUCCGGCCUGACAAGGAUGCACCAUUCUGGUGUAAUCAGGGAGCUGCUUGCUUUUAUGAAGGAAUAGAUGAUGUACACUGGAAGGAAAAUGGGACCUUGGUUCUGGUGACUACUAUAUCAGGAACAAUGUUUAACCAAAUGGCAAAAUGGGUACAAUGUGACAACGAAACUGGCAUAUAUUAUGAGACCUGGACAGUUCAAGCAAGUCCUGACAAGCAUGCGGUAGUGUGGUUUGAAUCUUAUGAAUGCUCGAAAUUUAUAUUAAGAACAUACCAGAAGUUGGCCGAUUUAGGAGCUGUAUUUAAUAAGAUACAAACAAAUUACACCAGCAUUACUUUGUUUACUGGAGAACCCGUUUAUUUGGGGAAUGAAACAUCUAUUUUUGGACCUCUAGGAAACAAGACAGUGGCUGCAGCCAUAAGAGAUUUCUACUAUCUAUUCAAACCUCAUCAGUCUGUUGAAGAGUUCUUCUUGAAUGUCUUAAAAAUAGUAGAUAAGGUUGUCUUGAACCACCAGUUUUACCUCUUUUACAACUUAGAAUACUGGCUUUUACCUAUGAAGUCCCCUUACAUCAAAAUAACUUAUGAAGAGAUCCCUUUACCUAAUGAAGACUAUACAUAGGUUGGUUUGUAAUUAUUUCAUUAGUACCAAAAAUUCUUUCUGCAAGGUGUUCCUAAGGAUGUUGAUGUUAUAUUGUUAAGAUUACUGCAGAGAUGGCAGCUCCUUAUACUGUAUUUGUAGUGAGAAGGCUUUUUUGAAUGUAGGUUCUAUGUAUAUUCAUUGACUGUUCUGCCCUGCCUUGGAUGAAGAAAGAGUCCCCUUCUUGCUAGCUGCAUUACAGCCCCGGAAUUCUCAAGGGAUUUGGAUCUGUCAUUGGCCACGAUUGCCAAUCAUCUGCUUCUUCUUAAGGAGGGGAAUCUGCAGGAGCUGGUUACCAGCAGACAUGGGCUUGCUAGCUUGACUCCAUCAAAAAUAUACUUUAUACUCAUUGGAACAGUGUACGUUUCAUAUUUGAAAGGAUGGAACUGGGACCAGUUGUCCUGGAUCAUGAUGAAGUCAGCAGACACGGAAAUGGGUUGAGAGCUGUUAGUAGAUUACAGCUGUCAUGCUGUUGACUCCUUUGUUAGAAGGUGAUGUGCAAAAUCUGACUCUGGUUCUAGGGAGUUAGCAUCUGAACACUUUGCUGUUGUUGCUGCUGAGGUGGUGGGUAUUGAUGAGAGAGGAAUAAUCAUAUCUAAUUUGAGCUUGCAGUCUGUUUGUGUAGUGCUAGGAUUUUAUGGUUGUAUUUUGUAUAAUUUAGAAUGAAGGAUAAAGCGUGUAUUAAAUGUAUUGAUGUAUGAUAUCAUUUGACAAUAUUCUUCCAGCCACCCUUUCUGAAAGCAGAAAGGAAUGGCCUAGUGUGCCAUUGUUAAAGAUGCAUCAGCCAGAAUCUUGCGUCUGAAGCUGAUUUCAAGGCAGUAAUAGACCUUUAGGGUCACCACUUUGUUGUAGGUUUAAAAUUAGCAUUUUGAAAUAAGUAAAAUAAUGCAAUGAUUGUUUUCUGCUUCAUUACAAUUUGAUGUUCCUGUUCAAAUGUUCUGUGUAAAUCAUUCCUGUUUUGUGUGUGAAUGAGGAAAAGUGUGAAGGCCAUCACCGGACCACAUGUUCUAGGGAGGAACCAAGAAGAGAGGUAAAGAUGCCAGGAGAUUGCAACCUGUCCCUGUUGAGAUGUCAGAGGAGAGCAGAUUGACGACUAUAAAGAUGAAGCAGGUACCUAUCAGUCAGGACAAAAUAGCGGUGAUCAAAAUCGGCAUGGGGUAACUUCCUGAGAGACUGAUGAAGGAACAAGAUAAAGGAUGAGAAGAACCAUUUAAGAAAACAAGCACUCUUCAAAUGGCGAUUGAUUACAGCAUGAAAGUGCAAAAUUCAUUGGUCCCAAUGAAGAAAGAUCACUAUAUAAACAUGGUGCUUUGCCAUGAAACUUUGGGUUCGUCCUGCCAAGACUUCCCCGGAGGAUCGUGUUACAACCAACAGAACCUGGCUCCUCCCUACCUGUGAUCAGCCUAGCUGGCCACUAGGUUGAUCCGGACUCUGAACUCGUAUUAUAACAUUGACUUGUGUGUGUGAUUGAAUUCAUAUGCCAAUUGUUGCAUCUUCAAUAAAUGUGGCGUAUUGCAUUUUCCCCUGAAAAAGAUCCUGUGUUUCUUAUAAGCAUAACAUUUGGAACAAGUGACUGGUUACAGAAGCAACAUCAAAACUUGUAAAUUGUUAAUAAAUAUUAAAAUAUUUGGUCUAAUAA